GUCCGGCUAGCAAACAGCGGUGGAGGCUCUUGCAGCGGUCGCCGGCUCUGGGGUGCGGGGGUACUCUACGCUCCUCAGACCUGACCCUUUCAGCACUCCGCUCCCGCGCCAGCCUACCUCGCUCCUCGGCGCCAUGACCACCACCACCACCUUCAAGGGCGUCGACCCCAACAGCAGGAAUAGCUCCCGGGUUCUGCGGCCUCCAGGUGGUGGAUCCAAUUUUUCAUUAGGUUUUGAUGAACCAGCAGAACAACCUGUGAGGCGGAACAAAAUGGCCUCUAGCAUCUUUGGGACACCUGAGGAAAAUCCCCCUUCCUGGGCCAAGUCGGCAGGUGCCAAGUCUUGUGGUGGCCGGGAAGAUUCUGAGUCAUCUGGACCCCAGAGAAGGAACUCUUCUGAAGCAAACCCUGGAGACUUCUUAGAUCUGAAGGGAGAAGGUGAUGUUCAUGAAAACGUAGACACAGACUUGCAGGCCAGCCUGGGGCAGAGCGAGGAGAAGCCUGUGCCCGCUGCCCCUGUGCCCAGCCCAGUGGCACCGGCGCCCGUGCCAUCCCGGAGAAACCCCCCUGGUGGCAAGUCCAGCCUCGUCCUGGGUUAGCUCCGUCUGCCCUGAACUCUGUCGUUUCGUUUCUUUGUUUUUUCCAUGCUUGUGAACUGCACAACUUGAGCCUGACUGUACAUGUUUUGGAUUUGUUUCAUUAAAAAAGAAGCACUUUAUGUACUGCUGUCUUUUUUUUUUUUUGGAAGAACAGGUUCUCUGUCUGUCCUGAUUCCUCUGGGUCUAUAGGCCUUGGCAUGAGUGUUUUCUAGUAGUAGAUUGGAGGGAAAGCUUUGUGACACUUAGUACCGUGUUUUUAAGAACAGAUAACUUGGUUUCAAAUGUGUUAAAGGAUCUUUUGUACUGAGGUUUUUAAAACCCUUUUCUUGUCAGCUUUACUAGGGUUUACCAAGCCUGGAUCGGACAGACCAGUAAACAGUCCACAGGCGCUGUCCCUUCAGGCCCCCAAACAAGGUUGUCUUGAUGCUGAACCUACCUGGUGUUGCCCUAACUUGUCAGUGCCCUUUGCGAAAAGCAUCUUCCUGUGCCAUAUGGAGCGACAGAGGCCUGUGCCCCAUGCCUUGCUGCCUGCAAAGCAAAAAAACAACUGCCUUUUAUUUCUGAACCUUAAGAAAUAUUUAAGCCAGAUACUAACUUGACUGGCUGAGCAAAGCCCGCUGCCCCCACGCAGAGGAAGGCUUCGCUGUACACUCAGACUGACCAAUUCCAGGUGGUGAAGCAGGGGUGGGGACCACAUGGAAGUGGGACUUCCUGGUGAAGGGAUCCCCCCCCGCCCCCCCGGGGGCAGUGCUCUUCUUAGAUAACUUGAAGCUGUGUGCAUGAUGCUGGUGCUUGACCAUGAAAGAAAGUCUCAUCCUUAAAACCUGUGUUGUACUUCACAAUCCUGGACUGUUGCUUAAAGUAAACAAUGUACAAAUUUUGAAA